CCGCAUGUCCCGGUGCGGAGAAGUUCAGGGCGGGAGGGGAGGCGAGCCGAGGCGGAGGAGAGGGAAGCGCGAGGGAGACGUCGCCCGACUGCGAUGACACCAGGCGCCGACGCCGUCAUCAUCGCCGUAGCAGAAGCCAGCCGGAGCGAGCAGGCCAGGAGCAGGAGGAGCGGCAGCCGGAGAGCAGCCGAGGCGCCGUCCGUCCCGUCGUCCUACGUCGUCUGGGAGAAGGAGCGGUAAUUAAGUUCAUCGAGAGAGAGCGGAGCGGACGUCGCGAGCAUGGAGGUGGAGGCCGCGAGGUGCGAGUGCUGCGGCUUCACGGAGGAGUGCACGCCGGAGUACAUCGCGGCGGUGCGGGCCGAGUACAUGGGCCGCUGGGUCUGCGGGCUCUGCGCGGCUGCCGUGGGCGACGAGAUCCGCCGCGCGGGCGCCCGGGGCCAGCGCGCCAUCACCACGGCCGAGGCGCUCGACCGGCACGGCGCUUUCGCGAGGGAGGCGCCGCGUGCGCCCGGGAAGAAGGCGUCCGAGGAGCUCGUGGCCGCCGUGUCGCGCCUGCUCCGGCGCUGCCUCGACUCGCCGCCGGCGUCACCCGCCGCGCCGCAGGGGCGCAAGGUGGCGGCAGGCCCCCGGUGCACGGACGCUGACGACGCCUGAUCGAUCGCCUAGCCGGAGGCGAAGGAUAGCUAGCUCGUGGUGGGUUGUUCGCCAAUGAUUGGGCAAAGACGUCAGGAAUAAUACGUACUUGGGGGGCAUGUGCCUUGUGUGGCUUGCCUGCCGUCCUGAGGAAUGAAUAAUUUGCGUCCUAGCUUAUGAUUGCUCGAGACAGGAGCGAUCAAGCUCCGUAUGAUCGAGCAUGAAGUUAUUACGUAAUGUGCUUCGUAGCAUUUGUAGUAGUAUCCGGUUGUGUUGAGUAUUAGCUCAGGCUUCGGCUACGCAUUGUAGUCACUCUGUACAAAAGCAUUGUACUGGAGUUAUGCAGGCUUCUUGUAAGUUACUCAGAUGGAAGGACAUGUAAAGUAGUGCUCAUUGUAGUAAUCUACAGUAGUGUAUAUGUAUCUCAUUGUAUUUACACAUGUUUGUAUUGCCAUGUCCUCACAUGGAUGCAAGUAAUUAGGCUUGAUUUUCAA